GAGAGUAUCGGGGGGCGGAGCCUGGCUGGGGAGCUGAUCAGACGCGUGCAGCAAGAGCUCUCGUCUGAAAUCCUGUUUUACUCGAAAUAACCCCAGUUCUCAUGCUGCAAAAGUGUUUGAAUUUGCAUCACCCAGGUAGGGGCUGCAAAGGAGAACAUACAGAAGUUACUCCUGAAACUCUAAGCCGCCAGGAAGGCGGGCUGCAUUGAUGGGGCCUACCGCAGUGACGAAUAGCCUGAAUAGCGGCCUGGAAGGAGGUGAGGGCAUGGGUGAGGCGGCCGAUCGCCCGGCCCGGAACCCCCUGAAAGCAAACUCAGACACUGCGGAGGUCCACCCACGAGCCUUCUCCCUCCCCCCCCUGCCGGUGGGGGAUAUCCCGGCACCAGCAGUAUACCCACCGCUGACACUCACGUCCCAAAGACUGCGAACACCACGAGUCCCUAACUCUAAAAUGGCGGAUACCACACGCCAGUCAGCAAACUUGGAGACAAACGGAAAACCGCCAAACUACACCCUGACUAAGCUAGAUGCAAUUUUUGCUGCCUUUUGGACCAGGAUUGCGGAGAGGGCAUUGAACACGGCUAAAGCCAAUCGUACCACUCUUGCACCCACACCACCCGCACUCCCGGACACCAAGAGGGGACGCAGAAUGAUAGCCGCCAGAGACCCCCCAAAGAGACACCGAAAACAGGUCCGGUGGCACAAGCAGAAACGUAGAGCCUUCACCAUGACAAGCACACACCCCCAAUGUAAGCUGCAACAACCACACAGCGGACUAAAGGCGCCAAACCCACCAGGACAACGCCGAUCGACUGCUAAAGCGCAACUUUACCACCCAGAUACCUGGCACCUAGCCAUAUCUACACCUCUGAAGUCUCAGGAGACAGGGGCUCCCGGAGACUGCAUCUGGCGACCGGAAGGGAUCGGAUGAACACAGACUGGAGACCAGAGCCUGCCAGGCAUGUCUCGUUACAGCAGGACUUUCACAGUAUGCCUUAUACCGCAGGAACGGAUCUCUGACCGUUAGUUCAACAUCGAGUAACUGAUGUUCUUCCAAUGUCUUUAUUUUACCUUUACCUCUUGCAGUUUACUAAUGUGUUGCCCACCUUGUCUCCACUCUAACAGCGCAUGCAAUAUCUUAUUAGCCAGUCCUCACUAAAGGGGCACCUUAAGCUUGUCCAAACGGAUGGUGAAUCUGCUGGUAUUUCCCUGUAGUCGACAAUGUAAUCUCACACUAAUCAUAACAGCUGUCUAGUUUAUCGCUGCAAUGUUCAAUUUUUAGAAGCCUCAGCGCAACUAACCUUGUUUUAUAUAUAUAUGUUUAAUCUAGCAUGCUAAUAUAUAAACCACUGAUGUUUAAAAGCCUGUUAACCUCAUGUUAUUUAAAAAAUUGUGCCUUUUUAACUGCCACACUCUGAAAUGUAAUGAAAAAUGCCUGCAGAAGCUAUCGUGGCUUUGCUCGCUUGUUGUUACUCUUUGCACAAACAAAAAUAAAGAAUUUAAAAAAAAAUAAAUAAAAAAAAAAAGAGGAGAGUAUCGCACCUGAUUAGGAAAAUGCACACCUUAGAAAGAGUGUGGCCAACUUUCACCAAAAGAAAUACAAUACUAAACUGACGUCUCAGCACUAGGAGACUGAUCAUAACAGAGGAAGGCUUUCAGCUUCUGGGUUGGCUGUAGCUCAGCGGUUACUUCGUGGCUAUUCAAUUAUGAAUAAAUCCUUUCAGGGGUUCGAAACCCCGCGGGCGCUAUCUAACCUUUUUGCAAUUUAUUUACAGG